AUGCGACGCGGCGGCCAAACCAGGUCCAGCAUUCCAGCCAAACGAUCCGCCGCCGAUGCCCAAGAGGAAGCAUGGGUUGCCAACGAGGAUCGCUUUGUACUCAAGCAGGCCAAGAAGAAGGCCAUCAUUCGAGCUCGAGCUGGCAGAGCAGAUCCCAUCGACCUGCUUGCAGUCACACUACGCGCCCUGGAUGCCACCCGCGAUGGUUACGACAGUGACGACGAUGAUGGAGAACUCCCCGCCGUUGAUCCCGAGGGUGUCUUCGAAGGUCUCGACGACAUUCAACUCGACGAACUGGACAAAGGAAUCGAUACCUACUUGGCCCUCGAGCAUAGCAAAAGUAACCGCGACUUCUGGAGCACGAUGAAAGUCAUCUGCAAAGACAGGCGCCGCGCUGCCCCUGGCAAGUUGCAGACUGCACGAGGAAUGUCGUCGGUGACGCCUGAGAUCGAUCGCUUACUUGCGCCCAAGACACAUGAACAGCUCGAGACGUUGGAAAAGCAGGUCAAAGCGAAGCUGAGAUCUAACGACGACAUUGAUGUUGAUUACUGGGAAAACCUCCUCAAGAGCUUGUCCAUCUACAAGGCCAAGGCCAGGUUGCGUCAAGUGUCUAAGUCCGUGCUGGGUGCUCGUCUGGAAACUUUGCGACAGCAACAAGAACAAGAGGCGUCGGCCCUACGCAACAAGAUCAGAGAAACCCUGAAAACAUCCUCGCUCGCCUCUUCAGAAGAACAGGCUCCACAUGCAGACUCACCUGCUACCUUGGAUCCGGAGCCAUUGCUACGCUUGAAUCCAGGGGACAAAUCAUUAACCUCGUUAGAAGAGGACGAGUUCAAGCAGAAAUUGAUUCAAGAUAGACGGAGGGUCCUCAAGCUAGGCUACAUUCCGGCUCGCCAUGGCACGAAGACAUCCGGUACCGAUCUCGCCUUGUCUUCUGAACCAAAGCGGGACGAUACAUCGAGGGUCACAAGUGCAUUGUAUGACCGAGAGGCUGCGAGGGGUUUCAACGACAACGAAGAAGCAUUCAACGCCGAGGAGGACGUCUCGACCGGAAGGCCUAAAUGGGCAGAGACAUAUCGUCCUAGAAAACCACGCUACUUCAACAGGGUUCAGAUGGGCUAUGAGUGGAAUAAGUACAACCAGACUCAUUAUGACCACGAAAAUCUUCCUCCAAAGGUUGUUCAGGGCUACAAGUUCAACAUCUUUUACCCUGACCUUGUCGACACAACCAAAGCACCCACCUUUCGCAUUGAGCGCGAAAACGGUCGGAAGCGAGGCGAAUCGUUCGCACCUGCUGGAGCUGAGGACACCUGCCUCAUUCGUUUCAUCGCUGGACCUCCAUACGAAGAUAUCGCCUUCCGAAUCGUUGACAAAGAGUGGGAUUACAGCGCAAAGCGUGAACGUGGUUUCAGAAGCAGCUUUGAUAAGGGAAUCCUCCAACUGCAUUUCCAAUUCAAAAAGAUCUAUUAUCGGAAGUGA